AUGGGGAUUGAGCUGCUCUGCCUGUUCCUGCUACUUCUAGGAAGGAAUGAGCUCGUCCAAGGUGGUUGUGCCUGGGGCGGUGCAGAGAGCUGCUCAGACUGCUUGCUCGCGGGACCUCACUGUGCCUGGUGCUCCCAGGAGAAUUUUACCCACCCGUCCGGAGCUGGCGAGAGGUGCGACACACCUGCAAACCUUUUGGCCAAAGGAUGUCAACCACCCUUCAUCGAAAACCCUGCCUCCCAAAUAGAAAUACUUCAAAAUAAGCCACUGAGCGUGGGCCGACAGAGAAACAGUUCUGACAUUGUUCAGAUUUCUCCUCAGAGCGUGGUUCUUACACUGAGGCCAGGCGGUGAGCAGACCGUGCAAGUGCAGGUCCGCCAAACGGAAGAUUAUCCAGUCGAUCUGUAUUACCUCAUGGACCUCUCGGCCUCCAUGGAUGACGACCUCAACACAAUCAAAGAGCUGGGCUCCCGGCUUGCCAAAGAGAUGUCUAAAUUAACCAGCAACUUUAGACUGGGCUUUGGAUCCUUUGUGGAAAAGCCCGUUUCUCCUUUUAUGAAAACAACACCAGAGGAAAUCACCAACCCUUGCAGUAGUAUCCCCUACUUCUGUUUACCUACAUUUGGAUUCAAGCACAUUUUACCGUUGACUGAUGAUGCUGAGCGAUUCAAUGAAAUUGUGAGAAAACAGAAAAUUUCUGCUAAUAUUGACACGCCCGAAGGUGGAUUUGAUGCAAUUAUGCAGGCUGCUGUGUGUAAGGAAAAGAUUGGCUGGCGCAACGACUCACUCCACCUCCUGGUCUUUGUGAGUGAUGCUGAUUCUCAUUUUGGAAUGGACAGCAAGCUAGCCGGCAUUGUCAUUCCCAACGAUGGGCUCUGUCACUUGGACCACAGGAAUGAAUACUCCAUGUCAACAGUCUUGGAAUAUCCAACAAUUGGUCAACUCAUUGAUAAGCUGGUACAAAACAACGUGCUCCUGAUCUUCGCUGUAACCCAGGAACAAGCCCACUUGUACGAGAAUUAUGCAAAACUCAUCCCUGGGGCGACCGUGGGACUGCUUCAGAAGGACUCUGGGAACGUCCUCCAGCUGAUCAUCUCUGCUUAUGAAGAACUGCGGUCUGAGGUAGAACUGGAGGUAUUGGGAGACACAGAAGGACUCAGUCUGUCUUUCACGGCUCUCUGUAACAAUGGCAUCCCCUUCCCCAACCAGAAGAAAUGCUCCCACAUGAAAGUUGGGGAUACGGCAUCCUUCAAUGUGACCGUGAGCAUAUCCAAUUGCGAGAAGAGAAGCCGAAGCCUUAUCAUAAAGCCCGUGGGGCUGGGGGACACCCUGGAAAUCCUCGUCACCGCAGAAUGUGACUGCCACUGCCAGAAGGAAGUAGAAGUGAACAGUUCUAAAUGCCACAACGGGAACGGCUCCUUCCAGUGUGGGGUGUGUGCCUGCAACCCCGGCCACAUGGGCCCUCACUGUGAGUGCGGCGAGGACACGGUGAGCAUGGACUCCUGCAAGGAGGCCCCGGGACAACCCUCGUGCAGUGGAAGAGGUGAUUGCUACUGUGGGCAGUGCAUCUGCCACUUAUCGCCCUAUGGGAGCAUCUACGGACCUUACUGCCAGUGCGACAACUUCUCCUGCCUGCGACACAAAGGCCUGCUCUGCGGAGAUAAUGGGGACUGUGACUGUGGUGAAUGUAUCUGCCGGGAAGGCUGGACAGGAGAGUACUGCAACUGUACAACCAGCAGGGACUCGUGUGCAUCUGAGGAUGGAGUGCUGUGCAGUGGACGUGGGGACUGCAUCUGUGGCAAGUGUGUCUGCAGGAAUCCUGGAGCCUCAGGACCCACCUGUGAACGCUGCCCCACCUGUGGCGACCCUUGUAACUCCAAGCGGAGCUGCAUCGAAUGCUACCUGUCUGCAGAUGGCCAGGACCAAGAGUGCAUGGAGAAGUGCCAAGCCACCGGCGCCACCAUCAGCGACGAAGAAGAUUUUUCAAAGGAUACUUCUGUUUCCUGCUCUCUACAAGGAGAAAAUGAAUGUCUUAUUACAUUCCUAAUAACCACAGACAAUGAGGGGAAGGCCAUAAUCCACAGCAUCAAUGAGAAAGACUGCCCCAAACCUCCAAACAUCCCCAUGAUCAUGUUGGGAGUGUCGCUGGCUAUCCUGCUCAUCGGAGUCGUCCUACUGUGCAUUUGGAAGUUGCUGGUGUCAUUGCACGACCGGAAGGAAGUCGCUAAGUUCGAAGCAGAACGAUCAAAGGCCAAGUGGCAAACGGGAACCAAUCCGCUGUACAGAGGCUCCACCAGUACUUUUAAGAACGUGACUUACAAACACAGGGAAAAGCACAAGCCUGGCUUCUCCAUAGAUGGGUAAACAGACCUCCUUCGGCCAGGGAAAGUCAACUUCACUGAUGUUAAAGGUUAAUGCACUGUUUGAUUUGCCUUUCUUUGUUGCUUCCAAAGCAGGUUGACUUAAGAUAAUACUAGGUCAUUUGGAGAUCAGGCAUUCUCAGCAUGAAGGUGAGACACUGUUGGCAGGUUCAAAAUAAUCAAGAGAAGAAUAUCCUAAGUGAAGAGGUGAAUUCAAGAUCGCUUGAGGAAUAUGAACCCUGUUGCACUGAUGCCUCAAAAAAAAAAAAAACAUCAUCAAAAUGGUUCAUGGGGACUUGAUUUGCAUUUGAAAAAUGUUCAGAAUUAUAAUCUCAUUUGCUUCCUAAAUCCAGCUACCUAAAACCUUUGUCUCCACAAAGUCACCGAGUCCUUAUGGUUCUGUACCCACACUGACUGCUUUUUCUAAGCAUGCAGAAAAAUCUCCCAUUUCCUGGAGGAUUUUUUUGUAUGUUUGUUUAUUUGGUUUUUUAGUUUUGGUUUGGGGUUCUUUGAGACAGGGUCUCUCUACAAAGUCCUGGCUGUUCUGGAAUUGACCAGGCUGACCUUGAACUCACUAAGAUCUGCCUGCCUCUGCCUCCUGAGUACUGGGAUGAAAGGUGUGCACCACAUCAUGCUAGGCAAUUUUUUUUUUAAGUAGGAGAAAUGAGAUUCUGGUUUCUCAUCCACAGAAAGAAUAUAGUUCUUCCAGUAAUAUCCCAAGUGAAAGAUUGAAAACUAAAUGUUAGUAAUUGCCUUAGAUCUGUUCACUUACAAGUUAUUUACACAAACAAGUGUUUUGUUUCACAGAUGAGAAAGGAGUCAUUUAUAAAUUAUGUUGCUAGCAAGACUGAAGACAAGGGUCUAAU